AAGGAGCAGCUGUCACUGCGGGGAAACCGCGGCACGUGUUUUAAUGAGUAAUGUGCAUUGACCUGUUGAUCAGCUGACAUCCUGUUUUUCUCACCCAGCCUGACACAGGAAGUGUGGAAGCUCAUGUGAGCCAUGGAGCGGCUGAGCUGUUUGCUGCUCGUCUUCUGCUUCCAAAGCUGCUGCAGCCGUCACACCGUGGAACAAGCCACCCUGCAGUUUGUGGUUUUUGCUGACUGGGGAGGGAUCCCUUUUCCCCCGUACUACACUGCGCACGAGGAGGCCAUCGCUGCAGAGGCGGACGGCCUGGCUCGGACUUUGGGAGUGGACUUUGUCCUCAGCCUUGGAGACCACUUCUAUACCACUGGGGUCCAAAAUGUUGAUGAUCCACGCUUCAAGGAAACCUUUGAGAACAUCUUCUGGCAGCAGUCACUGCAGGAUAUCCCAUGGUACCUGGUUGGUGGAAACCACGACCACAAAGGAAACAUCUCUGCUCAGAUAGCAUACUCUAACAUCUCCCACCGAUGGAAUUACCCACGACUCUACUAUGACUUGCUAUUUACUGUUCCUCACACUAAUGUGUCAGUGACCAUCCUGAUGAUCGACACAGUGGUGCUCUGUGGAAACACUGAUGACCAAAUCCAACCCAGAGGACCAGAGGAUACCCGGGCAUCAGAAGAGCAGUGGGAGUGGAUCACAUCUAAACUGGCCAGCGGCAGGUCAGACUACGUGCUGGUGGCAGGUCAUUACCCCGUGUGGUCCAUUGGCAAUCAUGGACCAACAUUAUGUCUGGUUAAGAGACUGAGGCCACUGCUGAAGAAGUACUCUGUGACUGCGUACAUGAGUGGUCAUGAUCAUGACAUGCAGUUUAUCAGAGAGGAUGAUGGGAGCUCCUAUGUAGUCAGCGGAAGUGGCGUUGUCAGUGACCCGUCCAUCAGACACAAAGACAGUGUUCCUCUGUCCUGGCAGCUCUACUCCAGUCCUGUCAAUCACACAUUAGGAGGCGUGGCCUAUGUGCAGGUCACAGAACAACACCUGACGAUCAGUUUCAUGCAAACAGACGGGAAGUGUGUUUACCAAGCGGAAAUGUCAAAGCGCUUAGUCUGAGUUAUGCGUAUAUGUUGUUGUUUUUAAUGUUGUUCUGUUAUUAUUUUGUUUUCUUGGGCAGGGGGAGUUCUAUAUCACUGAUUAGGAUUAUGCUGUUUUAAUAUUAUGACAUAUUGUUAUUGUUAAUUAGGUUCACUGACCUGAUGAUGACAAAAUGAUAAUUUUGUCAUUACUCUGGAACUGAAUAAAAAGAUUUAUCUGUA